AUGACGGGGGUGUGGCGGCCCAGUACAGGAGCCUCGGUGUCCUCGGGCGGGGACUUAGAUGACCGGGAGGGAGACGGCCAUGAGCCCUGGCCGCAGGUCAUGGGAGCUGCUCGAACCCCAGAAGCCUCAGAGCCCCAGCAGCCUCAGAGCCCAGAGACCCAGAGACCCAGGGGCCCCAAAGCCCCAGAACUCCAGAGACACACAGUCCCGGAGACCCAGAAUCCAGAUCACCAUAGCCCAACGAGCAUCAAAUAUCCAGAGUCCAAGAUCUCCAGAGUCCUGGGAGCCCUGGAGUCCCAUGAACCACAGGAGUCCCAGAGCCCCAGGAUUCCCAAAGCCCCAGAGGCACAGGAGCCCCAGAGCAACGGGAACCCCACAGCCGAAGACCACCAGGAGCUCCAAGCCCUAUACACUCAGGAGCCCCAAGGCCCCAGAGCUCCAGAAGGCCGCAGGAGCCACAAAGGCUGGAGCGCUGGAGUCUCAGGAAUCACACUUCAGAGCCUAGAGAACCAGAAGCGCAGGCGCCCCAAAGCACCAGAGAGCCAGAGAUACACAGUCCUGGAGCCCCAGAGUCCAGAUCCCCAAAGCCCCAGGAUCCAGGGCCCCAGGAAGCUCGAAGGCCCUGAGCCCCAGAUCCACAGUGACCCAAAAGCCCUCGACUCCCAUGAACCCCAUGAGCCACAGAGCAACAGGAAUCCCACAGGCCCAGACAACCAGGAGCCCCCAGGUCCCUAUGCUCCAGAGACCAAGGAGUCCCAGAUCUCCAGGAACCCGAGGAUCCCAGAGCCCCAUACCCCCAGAGCUUCAGGAGCCCUGGAUGUCCAAGAACCCCAGGAGACCCAGAUUUCCAGGAGCCCCAUAACCACAGCAAUUAAAUGA